AUUUUUAACAGAUAGUACCCCCCCGACACUGUUAAGUAUCAAUUAGUACAGUACAUACCAGUAAAUGCCCGUCCAAUGGACAAAAAUAUUGAAUCGUUGGUAGAUACAGACUGUUUGCUACAAAUCGUCGACUACCUGUCCAUACGGGACAAACUUAGCUGUCGGCUGGUAUGCCAUCGAUGGCAAUGGGCUGUCGACAGACUGUUUAACGGCCAACAGUCGCUGAACAUGAUUAUCAUAGCCGCCGAUAACAGUGAACAACAUAACCAUCAUCACAGCAGCAGCACCGGUAGCGGCACCGGCAGCCGUAUCCAUAGCCGUAUACAUGUAUCCAUAAGCAAACCACGUAUAGACUAUCUGUUGUUCAGUUUUAUGUUCAACAAGUUUCACAACAUUACCGAACUAACCAUUUCCAAUAUUAGCCAACUGUCCGAUAUUUUAAUGUUUACCAGUCUGGGCACUGCCAGCUGCCUGAUCCAAGACAAUGGUAGUAGUAGUAGUAGUGGUAAUAUACGUAUUAUCGACAGUCUAGGCGACAGAAGCAACUGUUUACUGUGUCAGCACCGGUAUGUGGACUAUACUAGACCGGCCAAUGACCCACCAUGUUAUUGUAUUACUACUACUACUAAUAAUAAUAAUAGUGAUAAUAAUAAUAGACUAAUCAUUGACGAUAAUAACGAUCAUUUAAUUUUUAAUCGACUGUCCGGCUACGGCUGGCACCUAUUGACUCAGGCCUUCCAUAAUCUAACAUCACUGACCCUCCGACAGUGCCAACUGGCCACUGAAGAUCUGACAAAAGUUAUCGAUGCCAGCAAUCAACUCAAACAUCUUGAUAUUGGCGACAAUCCUCGGCUGGCCGCCUGUAUUCGGCAAAUUGGUAGCCGAAUCGAGAGUCUAGUGUGCGGCGAUUUAUCGAGCGGUGAAAAACUGGACAGCCUGCUCGGCCAUAUAGUCAACGGUAACGGUAAACACUUGAAACGACUGUCCAUUUUCGGUAUGCUCGGACCGCUUGAUCAGCUAAAACUGAUGACCCGUAUCGAUCAUCUGGAACUACACUACUAUAUGGAUGAUGAACGUCCUGUGGACUAUCUGUCCGAUAUUGGCCACCUGGAGCUCAGGACACUUGUCUUGGAGCAGAUCCGCUGCUAUGAGAUGAUAUCGGCCGUCGACGAGCGCCAAUUUGCGGCAAUGUUGCGCAAUUCACGGGAUUUACGGCAAUUGGCCAUUACUGGCGACUACGAAUGGGACCUACGGCUGAGCGACAAAUCAUUGGACCGGUUGUCUACACUGUGCCCGAAGCUCGAGGAGCUAACGAUUACAGGCAAUGGCCUAAUCAGUGAUACCGGUAUAGCAUCGUUGUCCAAGUUAUCAUCGCUACGGCACCUACACCUCCAAUGGUUUUUUACGAUCAGUGAACUAUCAUUGAAACAGAUAGUCCAGUCGCCCAGCCUAUCGUCACUGGUGUUGACCGAUGUCUCGCAGAUUACCGAAAAAUUGAUUGUCAAAGCUAUCGAUGUUUGUACGGAAAACCCGGAACGGCAGCUGUCGCUGACACUGGGCACUGUCGACAUGAAUGCCAAACUGGUCCAGAAUCUAGAGUCGGCUGUCAAAGGCCGACCACGUAAUCUGGCCGUACGGCUGGACAAUGGACGCGGUAGUCGUGUACGAAACGCUGCCCUAACGCCGACUACUUUGCAGAUGAUUAUUGUGAUUGCAAUGUCGGCACUGAUACUGUUGAUGGCGCUGUUGACCACCAUUGUUGUCGUACUGGUACCGCUGGCCAUGGCCGCCAUGAUGCUUCACGAAUAUUUGUUUCAUGCGGCCAUAUCGGUACCGUCGGCAACGGCAGCGGCGGCGGCCAGUGUAUCGUCAGUUCCUCUAAUACCAGUCAUAUCGUCGUUCAAAUCGUCGCUAUUAGGUAUGAUGUCGGCCAACGCCGGUCUGGUCAGACAAGUCUAUAUGAAAGUGAUUUCAUCGUUGAUUUGAUUUUUAGA